AUGAAGCGUUUCAGCCAGAGAGUUCUCUCGCGAGGCAAGGGCGAUAGCAAGUCGUCAAAGAAGAAUAAGGACUCCAAAGAUGGCACUGCUUCCCCCUCCGGCAGCUCGCGGGAGACGCAAUCCCCCGUUCUGACCCCCUCGUCGUCCACGUCGACCCUGAACGACAUCCGCAACAAGCCCCUCCCGCCGAACAACCUCGGUGCCCUCGCCGGUGAUCAGGGUCAAGGCGGCUCAGCUGCAGGCCAGGGUAACGCUUCCGACAGAUUCGGAGCCUCCUCAGCGCAGUCGCCCAACGGCGCUGCCACUCCCAACAGACAUGGCGGCCCCUUGCCUCCCACCGUCAUCAUCAGCCCCAGUGCACCGCAUGUCCCUCCCCCUGGCGCCGCUGAGACUAUGCCUCAUGACCUGGCCCCCCCGAAGGCAGGCCAGAAGUCUCUGAUGUUUGACCGCCUCCAGCAGACCCCAAAAGACGUCCCCGAGGGCCUUCGAACGCCCAAGAGACAGCACUCGUCGAGAUUCGACAUCUCGGCCCAUCGCGAACUGGAGAAGCUCCCUGGCUUCCACGAGGUGCCGCCGAACCGACGUCAAGAGCUCUUCAUGCAGAAGAUCGACCAAUGCAAUGUCAUCUUCGACUUUAAUGACGCUAGUGGUGACAUGAAAUCCAAGGAGAUCAAGCGUCUGGCGCUGCAUGAGCUGCUCGACUAUGUGGCGAACAACCGCCAGGUAAUCACCGAACCCAUGUAUCCACGUGUGGUCGAUAUGUUUGCCAAGAAUUUGUUUCGCCCCAUUCCUCCUCCCAUGAACCCCCAGGGAGAGGCUUUUGACCCGGAGGAGGACGAGCCUGUCCUCGAGGUUGCGUGGCCGCAUAUUCAAGUCGUUUAUGAGUUCUUCCUGCGUUUCAUCGAGAGCCAGGAUUUCAACACCAACAUUGCCAAGGCCUACAUCGAUCACGGCUUUGUGCUCUCACUCCUGGAACUCUUCGACUCUGAGGACCCUCGUGAGAGGGAUUUCCUCAAGACCACCUUGCACAGGAUCUACGGAAAAUUCCUGAACUUGCGGUCUUUUAUUCGUCGUUCCAUCAACAACGUGUUCUUCCAGUUCACCUACGAAACCGAACGCUUCAAUGGUAUUGCCGAGUUGCUCGAGAUUCUCGGCUCCAUCAUCAAUGGUUUCGCCCUGCCGCUGAAGGAGGAGCACAAGCUGUUCUUGACUCGGGUCCUCCUGCCGCUGCACAAGGUCAAGAGUCUCAGCAUGUACCAUCCGCAAUUGGCAUACUGUAUUGUACAGUUCCUCGAGAAGGACGCAUCCCUUACCGAGGAGGUUGUCCUCGGACUUCUGCGAUACUGGCCCAAGGUUAACAGCACCAAGGAAGUCAUGUUCUUGAACGAGGUCGAAGAUAUCUUUGAGGUCAUGGAUCCUGCCGAAUUUGCCAAGGUCCAAGAGCCUCUCUUCCACCAGCUGGCCAAGUCUGUAGCCAGCCCUCAUUUCCAGGUGGCCGAGCGGGCCCUAUACUUCUGGAACAAUGAGUACUUUUGCAAUCUCGUCAGCGACAACGUUGAGAUCAUACUUCCCAUCAUGUUUGCUCCCCUGUAUGAGAACUCGAAAGGACAUUGGAACCGAACAAUUCACGGCAUGGUAUAUAACGCCAUGAAGCUCUUUAUGGAGAUCAAUCCUCAGCUUUUCGACGAUUGCUCCCAUGAGUACACGGAACAACAGAACAACGCCCCGGCGCGAGAAGCUCUCCGAGAGAGAAAGUGGGCUGCUAUCAAGGACCAAGCUGCGAAGAGGAAACCCUCCAACGGCGCUGCUGAGGUCGACCAGAGUGAAGACAACCAGAAGCGCCUUGACUCCCUCAAGUUGGACGGCGACAGGAGAGAGCGUCGUCCCACCCAUGAACGACAAAGUUCGGUAGGCUCAUCCAGAAGCCGAUGA